AUGAGCGGUCACGGCGAUCCCAGGCUUCUUUACACAAUUGGAGGCAUCAAAGCCUACCACAUCCAGCAGGGUGAAGAGAGUUCCCUCACACCUACAGGACCACAGACGCUCUCGCUGCUCAUGGUCCCCACGAACUCGCCCUUCGCCGACCUCAGCAACACACGGCCGCAAAGCGAAGCGCCAGAAGAAGAUUUCUACCUGCACCUCAACCUGCCGCCCGAACUCGACUUGCCUCUCCCUGCUACGACUCAGAUCUACCACCAGCCGCCGCACAGCUACCUUAUCCCACGAUGGGACCUGGGCCCAGAGAGCGGGGCGUUUACAAGGAUUGAGUUCCCCGCGAUUGGCAAGGGCCCUGGCUCCGUCACCCAGGAGGACAUUGACACCUUCGAGACUAUCUUGGCGCAAUGCACUGCUUUCCUUGAGCGUGCGCAGAACCCUUAUUCUUCGGAGAAGGGCAAGGGCGGCCACAAGGCCUACAACCCCCAGGACUAUGCGCCUGGUCAAGCCUACGCAGGUGCAGGCGUAGGUGCAGGCGCAGCAGGGUCUAGCAAGCAGCAGCAGCAUGGCGAGAUUGUGCUGAUUGACGAGGAAAACGGCAGCGUAGUAGGUGAAUUGGCUCAAGGCGCUCAGAUUGUCGAAGACCCCAGACUGCAGGCUGGGUCGAAGAAUCCCGUCGAAAUCGUCGUCUCCCCAGAUGGCAAGCGCAUCGAAGUAAAGCCCCUCUCCGAAGACUACCUCUCCAUGGCUCGCCAUCCUGCGUAUAAGAACUCGACGCUGGUACAGAACUCCGCCGCCGCCUCACGACUUAUCGUCACCGGUUCCAGCUAUCUUAGCAACAUGAUGGUCUCCGGUGCUGAAGGCUUCAUCAACAAGACCAAGCCGAACGAGAAGCCCAUGGUCUUCCAGCCUGCGACUCACGACCGCGUCCGCAAGAUCAACACAAUGACCACAGGCGUAGCCGGCUUCACCGGCAAGACUGUCGGUAUGAUCGGCAAGCAUGCCCAGAACUUCGCCGCUGGCCUCGCCGGCCACAAAAACACACAGCACAAGAGCUUGAACCCAGACGGUACACUCAACGAGAACUACAAGCCUGGUUUGUUGAACAAAUCCCUCAUUGCAUGGUCGACCAUUGGCGACGGUCUUGCCCAUUCGGGCAAACAGAUUCUCACCUCUGGUGGCGCUGCAGCAAGUGCGGCAGUUGGCCACAAAUGGGGUUCGGAAGCUGGCAGUAUUACCGGAGAGCUCGCUGGUGGCGUCAAGAACGUUGGACUUGUGUAUAUUGAUGUCACAGGUGUUACACGUCGCGGUAUCAUCAAAAGCGUCGCUAAGGGUAUGGUUAUUGGCAAGGUCAAGAACAAGAAGGGCGAAGAGCAGACUGUUAUGGUUGGUGGCGGAGACGGUGGCAUCAUCACACCCGGUACUGCUGCUAAGAUGGAUCCUAUGGCAAACGCCAGUAACACCGGGUUGCCAUCCAACGUAUCAAGCAACCAACCUGGCGGCCAGGUUAGCUUUGGUAACCAGCCGCCGCCGAGCUACAGGACGGGUGUUGGUGAGAGCCUGGAGGGCCAGCCUGCCUAUCAAGGGUACCCGAACGAGAAGAGGUAG